ACCUUCUGACGAGAUUAUUCUUUUACAGGAUCUAUCUAUAACUAACCAAAAACAGCUAGACUAUAAGCAAAUGAAUAACCAGCUCUACCUAGCUGAACUAAAUGAUAGAAAGCUACGUAGCAAGGUAUGCCUACAUACAGCCAAUAAUGACCAAAUUCCAAGGAGUGAAGAGUUAUCUGAUAAAUCUGAGUCUAAAGCAACUAUUAACAUGGAAGAGUUAGAUUCUGAUUCAUCAAGUGAUUCUUCUAGCUCAGAAGAUUUGUCAAAAAACUCUGAUCCAAGUGAAUUAGAGGAUUCAGACAAAAAAAAAGAGAAGGAGCCCAAUUUACUAAUAAAAGAACCUCUUGAAGAUUUAAAAAUCAAAAUGCUUAACAGAAAUAGAAAAAUAUAUAUUCAUAACCCAUAUGAAGUACCUAAUUAUGAUGCAGUAGACUUAAAUAAGAAACAGUAUAACUUAUUUAAGAAACAAUGUGAAAUUAACCAAGAUCAGAAAUAUCUAAUAGAAAUCACAUGUAAUGGCACUUGGCAGGGAAUCCAAGAAGCUAUCACCUGUACAGGAAGAUCAAAAUCCUAUAGAGAUUUAAAACUGGUACUAAAAAAAGAGCAAAAGAAACAAAUUAAAGAUAAUUUGGAAGCUAUACUGAGUCAAACCAAAAAUACUGACGUCAUGGUCUUAUUAGAAAACUUAGCAGCUAACAAAUGUCAUGGAGUGCAAAUAGAAGACCUCUUAAAAAUUAAGAGAACAACACAUCCUAAAAUAAAAGCAAUGAUAUUAGAAACACUAGGAAGAACUGAGAAACAAAAGCAAGAGCAAAUACGUGAAGUAUACAGAGUUUCAAAAAUAGAGGAACUAGGAAAAGAAGAAGAACAAGAAAGAUAUCAAGAUCCUCGAAAACAAGAAGCAAUAGAAAGAAUGAGAAGAAAACAAAUAGAACAAAUAUUAUUUAAAACUAAUGAAAUAUUGCUCAAAGGAUAUGUAAGUCAAUUUAGCUCUAACAUCAAGAAGUUAGAAAAGUUGCAAGAACAAACGGAAGAUGAGAAUAUAGCUAAAACACUAACAGACCUCAUAGAUCAUAUAGCAACUAUGGAUUCUAACUUCCAGAAGUUUAAAGGAAUGAAAGAUGUUUCCAAUACAAGACCUGAACAAUAUAUUAAUUUAACAGAGGCUCAAAGAAGAGCAACACAAGCCAAAUUAACAGCAAUAGAUAAUACUUCUUUAAACGAAGAAGAAAGAAAAAGAGCUAAUAAAAGAUAG